GCUGGGGGGAGGCGGUGGCGGAGAAGGAGGAGGAGAAGAAGGAGGAGCUGGGCCAGCAGGAGGCAGCGGCCGCGACCGGGCUGGGGUGAUGGUGCAGGUGCCCGGGGCCCGCGCGGAGCUGCCCGGCUGAGGGGCGCCUGGUCCGGGGUCCGCAGCGCCGCCGCGUCUUUCCCGGCGGCGGGCGGGCGGGAAGAUGCUGAGCAGGUUGAUGAGCGGCAGCAGCAGGAGCCUGGAGCGCGAGUACAGCUGCACCGUGCGGCUGCUGGACGACAGCGAGUACACCUGCACCAUCCAGAGAGAUGCCAAGGGCCAGUACCUGUUUGACCUUCUUUGCCACCACCUGAACCUUCUUGAGAAAGACUACUUUGGGAUCCGCUUUGUGGACCCAGACAAGCAGCGGCAUUGGUUGGAGUUUACAAAGUCUGUGGUGAAGCAAUUGAGAUCCCAGCCUCCAUUCACCAUGUGUUUCCGCGUGAAGUUUUACCCCGCAGAUCCUGCUGCCCUGAAAGAAGAGAUAACCAGGUACUUAGUCUUCCUACAGAUCAAAAGGGAUCUCUACCAUGGCCGCCUCCUCUGUAAAACAUCAGAUGCUGCCUUGUUAGCAGCUUACAUCCUUCAAGCGGAGAUUGGGGAUUAUGACCCAGGGAAACACCCUGAAGGCUACAGCUCCAAGUUCCAGUUUUUCCCAAAACAUUCAGAGAAGCUGGAAAGGAAAAUUGCUGAGAUUCACAAGACAGAACUCAGUGGUCAAACACCAGCAACAUCAGAGCUGAACUUUUUAAGAAAAGCACAGACGCUGGAGACAUACGGAGUGGACCCUCACCCGUGUAAGGAUGUGUCAGGAAACGCUGCAUUUCUGGCCUUUACUCCUUUCGGGUUCGUUGUUCUGCAAGGAAACAAGAGGGUCCACUUCAUUAAAUGGAAUGAGGUGACCAAGCUGAAAUUUGAAGGAAAGACUUUCUAUUUAUACGUAAGUCAGAAAGAGGAAAAGAAAAUUAUUCUCACAUAUUUUGCUCCAACUCCAGAAGCCUGCAAGCACCUCUGGAAAUGUGGAAUCGAGAACCAAGCCUUCUACAAGCUGGAGAAGUCAAGCCAAGUCCGCACAGUGUCCAGCAGCAAUUUAUUCUUUAAAGGGAGCCGGUUCCGAUACAGUGGCCGAGUUGCAAAGGAAGUAAUGGAGUCAAGUGCGAAGAUCAAACGGGAGCCACCAGAAAUACACAGAGCAGGGAUGGUUCCCAGCCGCAGCUGUCCCUCCAUAACCCAUGGCCCAAGGCUGAGCAGUGUCCCCAGGACCCGCAGAAGAGCUGUUCACAUCUCCAUCAUGGAAGGCCUGGAGUCCCUACGAGACAGUGCCCAUUCCACCCCAGUGCGUUCUUCCUCCCAUGGGGACACCUUCCUGCCUCACGUGAGAAGCAGCCGGGCAGACAGCAACGAGCGAGUCGCUGUGAUUGCAGACGAAGCCUACAGCCCUGCAGACAGUGUGUUGCCCACCCCUGUGGCCGAGCAUAGCCUGGAGCUGAUGCUGCUUUCCCGGCAGAUCAAUGGGGCCACCUGCAGCAUCGAAGAGGAGAAGGAGUCUGAGGCCAGCACUCCAACUGCUGCAGAGGUGGAGGCUCUUGGGGGAGAGCUGAGGGCCCUGUGUCAGGGGCACGGCAGGCCAGAGGAGGAACAGAGUGGGCAUCUGAAGGGACCACCGCUACAGCAGCAGCAGGAGCAGGGGUGGGAAAAUAGAGCCUGAUGAACUAAAUGAUGCAAGAAAGAAACUGAUCCUGAGAAUGAAAAGCUUCAGAAAAUAGAAUUCCAAGAUCAACAAACAGCCUUGGAAGGGACCAGGAAAAGAAUCUAAAUAGGCAUACUAAAAGAUGCCUACGAAAGAAAGAAGGUGAAUAUGGCAGAGACCAACACUUAGAUGUGGAAAUACUGCCCCCUAGGGUCAUCCUCUGCAUCAGGAAAAUAAAAAUUGUAGGAAAGCAUUUGCCAUCCUUGCUGAGGGAAGCUGUGGAAGCAUACAAAAGCACAGCAUGUGAAGGGUGAGUGUGGGGUCCAAGGUCCAAGCUCCGCAACUCUUAACAACCACUUAUAAGAUCUUGUUUUCAUCUCAGGGAGAGAUUUCUAAGUCAUCUGGGGCCUGAGGACUCAUUUAAGGAUGGUCAGUAGACCUAUUCCUGGGAACCCCACAACAGUGGAGCCACUGCUAACACCCUAUGAUGUUGGGCAGCCCCAAAUGCAGAACACAAAUGAGUCACUUGUAGAUUUGCUCUCCCCUAGUUUGUGCCCUGAAAUAGCAGAAUCAUGUCCAUAUACAGAGUAUUAACAGCUGCUGAAUUAACAGGGGGUGCGGGGUGGGGGAGUGGAUUGUGUAAUUUUAAAUGCCCUUUCAUCUAGACCAGGGGUUGGCAAGCCUCUUCUGUAAAGUGCCAGAUAAUAUUUUUUAUUUUGGUUUUGUGGGCCAUACUCUGUGGCACUACUCAACUCUGCUGUGAUAGCACAAAAACAGCCAUCCAUAGGUAAUACAUAAACAAGGAGAAUGGCUGUGUGCCAAUAAAAGUUUAUUUUAGGAGCUGAAUUUGGACCACAGGCCGUAAUUUGCCAACCCCAUCUAGACAAUAAAAAUGCUCCUUACCAGUAGGUAUGUUAGCAGAAAGAGGGCCGGCUCUGCUCCCAUUCCCUACUUGCUACAGAUCCAGGACCAUUUCCCAGUGGAGAUACUGGGGUUGCUUGUAUAAAGGGUGCUUGAACAACCAACCAGCAAAGAGGUAUCUGAUGCCAAGAUGAGCAAGAUCAAGUGUUGAAAUGCUAAAACUCGGCCAGAAUCUAAGAAUGGAAGAGGAAUGUCUGAUCAUUUCCAUACCAGCAACAAUUUGGGCAGAAUUACAAACAUCUAUUUACCAAGUGACAAGACAAACUGAGGGAGAUCCUAGUAAAAAUUAGGGAUCAUUAGAACCAACUAGCCACUGCCACUUGUCAUCUACACAGGAAAGGCUUUACUUAGCACAGGACGGAAGUGAAAAGUAGACUCAGAGAUGAAAAGGCUGUCAGGAGAUAGGGGGCUGGUUGUAACCUGGAUAUCUACUGUCUUAUGCAACAUAGCAGAUUAUCUUUUAGUGUAGUGUUCCUACCUCAGUCUGUAGAAUAUGGUGUUUCUAUGCAGUGAGUGAUAGCCUUGACACCGACCUUUCAUAGUCACAUUAAAGAAAGAUGCAGUAUUCCAUUUCCUGGUAUGUUACUUGUGUCUAGAGUUCUAACAAUACAAUAGUCCAUACCACUUCCAGGAGCUGGAUUUUGCUCUCUGAACAGAACUUUUGGGUUUUUUCCAGGGCUUACCCCAGAAAAUACAGAUAGUAAAGUUUCCUUUGAUUUGCUUUUCAAAUAGUGCUUGAAUAACAAAACUCCUUUGUUGGUGACUAGUCUUUUUUUGGUAUCUCCCCAUCAUUAAACAUUGUUCAAAUUUUUAACCUGGUUUUACCGUGCUCCACUAUGUCUCCCAUUUUCUCUCAAAAUUAGUUUGAUCUCAUUGUAAGAAAAAAAAACAAUGGUUUCCAUAGCUUCAUCCAUCAGAGUGAAAUAAAACUCUUACUAAAGGAUAGUGUACUGCAUCUUUAAGCAGUAGAAGGUAAACUACCUGCAAAUGUGAAUUUCUUAGUUUCAUUAAAAAGUAUAGUUGUUAACCUCUCGUGUGCCAAAAAUUCUAAGUUACAUUUUCCUUCAAAGCAAUGUACUUUUUUCUACAUAUGCAGUAUGUAGUUAGCAUAAAAUCACUGGUGCCAUGAAAAUUAUU